AUGGUGCAGAAAUGCGCGCUGGACAUCAUCGCAGAAGUCACAAUGGAAACAAAUCUGCACCUCCAAAAAGACAAAAAUCUCAAGUUGAUGACGUCAUUCAACAGAAUCAUGAAUUUGACGGUCGUGAGAAGCGUGUCGCCAUGGGUUUGGAUUCAGUCCAUCUACGACCGGACGCGCAAUGGAAAACUCUUCAAGGAUGACAUUCACCAAAUGGAGCUCAUCACUAAAUGUGUCUUACAGGAGCAAAAAUACAAACGAGAGGGAAGCGAGUCUGUCUUGGUGUCAAACUCAGAAAAAGACAAAAUAAAAUCCGUCCGAAACAAGACCCUUCUGAAGAAUGUACUGCUCAAGCAGCAUUGUCUGAACAGCAGCUACACUUUGGACGAUGUAAGAAGAGACAUCCAAACUAUAGUGGCCGCAGCAAACGACACCACCACGACGAGCAUAUGCUGGACGUUAAGUUUACUCGGGCGGCAUCCCGAGGCCCAGCAAAAAGUCCACGAGGAGCUGGACGAAAUUUUCAGGGGGACCAAAGACUAUGAAAUCACAACGUACCAUCUUCGACGAAUGAAAUACCUGGAAUGUUGCGUGAAGGAAUCCCUUCGAUUGUACCCGUCCUUCCCUUCGGUCGCCAGAGUGCUGGAUCAAGAACUAGUCUUGGGGCAAAGAUUUGCCAUGCUCGAAAUGAAACUAUUGCUUGCCAAGGUUCUUUGCAAGUGCGAGAUCAUGGCUACGACACCAUUCGAGGAUCUCAAAAUUAAAUACGAAGUAAUAAUCAAAGCCUCAGGAGGACAUCCCAUCUCCAUCCGAAGACGAACUGAGUUCAUUUCAUGUGACCAAUAA